AUGUCAUCGGCACAACGUUCUUAUUUUGGUCAAUCAACUUUACCUGCUGAAUCCCUUAUUUCAUCGUCAGCAUCCAAUCAUCAGUUACUACAUCCUUCACUUACAACUUUCGAUACUGAUAUUCUAAUGUCUCAAUUUGCUCCAAUUACUAACUCUUCCAUCGUUCAACAUUCAUCUCAAUUACAUCCUAAUUCAACCUUUCAGACUGCCAUUGAAAAUUUACAACAACAAAUGAGUGUACUUUCUACUCAAUUUGCUCAUUUGACUUCACCAUUUCAACCUAUUUUUAAACCAUUGUCUCCAACGUUACCUAAUGCUACACCUACGGUUAUCGUUCAACCUAAUAUUUUACCAACAUCUACCGUCAUCAACAAUUCGGCCAACAUUCAAUCUACGAUCCCAUCAACAUUACCCAUACAUGUUCCACCAAUCAACACAAUUCAAACAUCUCUCUUCAAUAAUCCAAAUGAUAUUAAUUCAAUAUCGUUACAGCCACCGAUGAUAUCAUUACCAACUACAAUAUUACACCCUUCAUUCACAAUGAAUCUCAAUAAUAAUCUUCCAACUUUUAAAGGUUUAACUCAUGAACGACCAAUUCAAUUUAUAAACAAUUUUGAAAUUCGUGCAUCAACUCUCGUCGGUAGUACUGACUUACUUUUUCUUCUUCAAACGGUUCAAUAA